AUGGUGAAAUACUUUUCUGUGGACUGGCUGGCCCAGAACCAUCACAAUACCAUUCAGGGGCACUGUGCUGACAUGGACACGACCCUUACCUGCAAACCUCACAUUCCCUGCAUGGUGCAGCCAAGCCCACCGCCCAUUGGCAAAAGUUACCUGCAGAUAAAGUCCAAAGCAGUUAAACGCUUCAAACACUUGGGGCCAGCGGAGAGCUGCGAAGCCGAGGACUCAACACUGUGCUCGCCACUGGAUUCAUCAAAUUGCACCCCACCGAUUCGUGACGUCAGCGAGUACCUCUGCGGGUAUGAGAGCGACCCGGUUUCCCCGGCUAGCCUAUCCGUGGAUGAGGGGAACGAGGGGAGAAAAGACGCGGGACCCCAACGCCGAGUUCGCACAAAGUUUUCGUCCGAGCAGAUCAAAAAACUGGAACGGAUAUUCAUCAAACAGAAAUAUUUGGAUGCCGGGGAGAGAGAGAAGACGGCACAGAAGCUGAACCUCACAGAAACUCAGGUGAGGACCUGGUUUCAGAACCGAAGGAUGAAGCUGAAACGGGAAGUCCAGGACUUUCUCACUCCCCAAGUCCCGCCGGUCAUUUUUCAGCCUCUGCCUCCGGUUCAGUACCACAGCAUGGCCGGACAUCUACCCCAUUACUCUCCUACGGGCCAUCCCUUUUACCCAUUACCUGUCCCGCAGCUGCUCCACCAUCAGCACAUGCCUCCUCACUACCCUCAUCGAACAAUGAUACACCACCCACAUUUCUACUGA